UUUGGCAAAUGGCGUUUGAAAAUGUUCGUUCCUUCCAAAGACGUCCCUGUUCCUGACGUUCCGAAAACGGAAAUCCAACGUCCUGUGACGUUUCGCCGCUUCUUUGGUUCUUGCCUCGUGGUCAGCUUAUUUGUUUUCACCACCCACCUUCGUUUUUUUUCCUAUUAUUAUCCUGGUUUCGCAUGCUCCCGCUCCCACUCCCCCUCUCUUUGGUUUUGGGGCUAAGAGUUACAGUGGCUUUUCAUGUGCCUGUCACGAAAAUAUGGCAACCGACAACAGUCAGUGAUUUGCGGUUACAAGACAUUGGUUCGCCCCUAGGAGGUGCUUUCGCCGGUCAUCAUCGUUCUCCUUGCUUGCAGUGGAGAAGGGGGGAUGGCUGGUCUAAGGAUGAUAGAUAUAGCUGUUAAUUUUACCGAUGGCAUGUUCAAGGGAAUUUACAAUAACAGGAGGUGUCAUGCUGCUGAUCUUCCCGUUGUGCUGCAAAGGGCAUGGAAUGCAGGGGUUGAUCGGAUAAUUGUGACUGGAGGAUCGCUUCAAGAGUCCAGGGAGGCGUUGGCGAUUGCUGAAACGGAUGGGCGCCUUUUCUGUACGGUCGGGGUGCAUCCAACCAGAUGCAUGGAAUUUGAAGAAAGCGGUGACCCCGAACUUCACUUUCAGGAACUUCUCUCAUUGGCUAGACAAGGAGCUGAAAAAGGCAAGGUGGUGGCUGUGGGCGAGUGUGGGUUGGACUAUGACAGGACCCAUUUUUGCUCACCUGAAGUUCAGAAAAGAUAUUUUGAAAGGCAAUUUGAAUUAGCUGCAGCUUUGAAGCUUCCAAUGUUUCUUCAUAUGCGUGCUGCUGCUGAAGAUUUUUGUGACAUUUUGUCAAGGAAUAAACAUUUGUUUACAACAGGUGUUGCACAUUCAUUUACUGGUAGUGCAAAAGAUUGUGAUCUGCUUCUAAAGUUCACUGGUUUGUACAUAGGUAUAAAUGGAUGUUCUCUGAAGACACCAGAGAAUCUCAGUGUUGUUGGUGCUAUUCCAAUUGAACGUUUGAUGAUUGAAACUGAUUCCCCAUAUUGUGAGAUAAAGAGCACUCAUGCUGGAAAUAGGUUUGUCACUUCUGCAUGGCCAUCCAAGAAAAAGGAAAAAUAUGACCCUGACUUCAUGGUUAAAGGUCGGAAUGAACCAUGUACUGUGAGGCAAGUCCUUGAGGUGUUGGCAGCUUGUAAAUGCACUGAGGACAUCCAUGGUCUGGCUAGGACUAUAUUCCAGAACACUUGCAGGGUUUUCUUCCCUCAGGAUCUUGAUGCAGCUGCAGAUGGUGUAAAUGGUGACGGAUGCUAGUAGAUUAUCUUGUUUAUCGGUGAAAUGUUUGUGUCCUAAGAGUCAAACUAUGCAUAACAGAUGCAUUUUUAAGUGUUUGAGACUAGAAGCUUAAUUGCCUGUUGUUAAUUCCUUGUUAUAUAAAUAGUCUUACCUCUCUUGCCUGAUC